ACAGUAACUGUGGACGAUUCCGAACCACAGUUUUUGUCUUUUUCUUAAAAAAAAACAGAGAGAAGAGAAUGGAGAUGGAGCCAACUGAGGGUCCUUAUGAGUACUAUGACUACGAGGAUACAGAAAACUCCAGCAUGUGUGACUACUCCGAGUGGACGCCGUCAUACUCCGUCAUCCCGGUGCUGUACAUGCUUAUUUUCAUCCUCGGCCUGUCUGGAAAUGGGGUUGUCAUCUUCACCGUGUGGAGAGCCCAGGGUAAGAGGCGAGCUGCUGACGUCUACAUCGGCAACCUGGCCCUGGCCGACCUCACCUUUGUGGUCACUCUGCCUCUGUGGGCCGUUUACACAGCCAUGGGCUACCACUGGCCCUUUGGAGUGGCCCUCUGUAAGAUCAGCAGUUACGUGGUCCUGCUCAACAUGUACGCCAGCGUCUUCUGCCUCACCUGCAUGAGCUUCGACCGCUACCUGGCCAUCGUCCACUCGCUGUCCAGCACCCAGCUGCGCACCCGCGGCCACACGCAAGCCUGCCUGACAGCCAUCUGGCUGCUGUCUGGUCUCCUGGCCGCCCCGACUCUGAUUUUCCGCACCACCAAAUAUGAUCCAACCAGCAACCGCACAUCCUGCGCCAUGGACUUCAGCCUGGUGUUGACCAACAAGAGCCAACAAAAGCAAGAGAAUCUGUGGAUCGCUGGUCUCAGCAUCUCCUCCUCAGUCCUGGGCUUUCUCCUACCUUUCUUGGCGAUGAUGGUGUGCUAUGGCUUCAUUGGCUGCACCGUCACACGCCACUUCAACACUCUGCGCAAAGAGGACCAGCGUAAGAGGAGGCUGCUGAAGAUCAUCACCACGCUGGUGGUGGUGUUUGCCGCCUGCUGGAUGCCCUUCCACAUCGUGAAGAGUGCUGACGCCCUCUCCUACCUGGACCUGUUUCCAGACACCUGUGCCUUCCUUCGCUUCCUGCUGCUGGCCCACCCGUACGCCACCUGCCUGGCAUACGUCAACAGCUGCCUCAACCCCUUCCUCUACGCCUUCUUCGACCUACGCUUCAGAUCCCAGUGUCUGUGCCUGCUCAACCUGAAGAAGUCAUUGCAUGCAAGCCCCGCCAGCUCCCUGUCCUCUCAGAAGACAGAGGCUCAGUCUCUGGCCACGAAGGUGUGACGACAGCUGAGGGCCCAGAUGCAUGCUGGGAAAGAGGUGAACAAUGCAGAACAAUGCAGGUAAAUCAAAUCUUAACAGCGCUGGGUGCUUUCCCGCUGAUGGGCAGUCACAGGGUGCCACCUUUGCUCCUCUCCAACUCUGUGGACCACUGAAGACGCCAGUCCGGCUCGUGGUUUUGGGGUCUGACCACACUCAAGCCUCACUUUCAGUAGCAGGGCAGCAAAAAUGAACUUCUUAAUACAAGGGGCCAAGCAUGAACCCGAGGU